CACGACUCGCAAUUCAACCACAUACCGAAUUCCUCAAGCUCUAACAUCAAGCUCAUAUAGAUAAGCACGAUGUCGGUGACCCUGACGACUGGAGUGGCCGCGGCACUGGCGUCCGGGGCUGUCGCCGCGGGGGCCAUAGGCUUGGGCGCCCUCGGUCUGGCCGCUGCCGCCGGGCUCAAGAAGAGGAGGCGAAGGGGCAAGCACCAUGGACAUCGCUACCGCAGACACGCAGCAUCUAAGUCAGAUCAAAAUGCCACGGAAAAUAUCAUUAUACCUAAAAAUGCUUCACACCCUAAGACGAAUCGCGCCAAACUGAAAAAGAAAUUCAACAGGCAGAUGGAAUCGGACGAAGAUUUAUUGCUGCAAGCCAUCAAAACCUCUGACUUGGAUGGCUGUGGCUACAAACUCGUCUGUGAACUGUCGGCCAAAGACGUGAAUGCCCUCACAAAGGAUGAGUGGGAAAUUCUACGGUUUGUAUAUGAAGGUGACCGGAACGUUGAGCAAGGCUCCGGCAUUCUACCCAACAACACAGAGCUUGUGUCGUACCAAGCAGCGUCGCGGCUGGGCUCGUCAGGCUAUGCGUGCGGCGACAUCUUCAGACGCUGCGCUGUCUCCGCCGACCAGAUCAUGCAGCUUGUUGCCAUGCUUCUAUAGAGACAGCGCAGACGAUGAAACAUUCAUGCUUUGCAUAUAAAAACAUUCACGUUGUGCUGAAAAAAUUAGAAUUGUUGCCAUGGUUCUAUAGAGACAAUACAGACUAUAAAACAUUCAUGCUUUGCAUAUAAAAAGACUCACGUUUUGCAUGAAAAAAUUUAGAAGUAUCUUCAAUUAAGACGUUCUGGAGACCAGCUCCAUCAUAAGUUAUAGGCUAGAAAAUUAUAAUAGGCAAGACAAAUAAAAAUUUUCAUGUAAGAUAUAGUUAGUUUGCUUGGCGAUUUCUCAGUUUUUAAAUUUAUAGUGAACUUGCAAUUUCAGCAGACUAAUGAUAUAAGCACUAAAAAAUAGAUCUAGAGGUCAAAAUUCAAUAGUUUGAGGGAUAAAAUAGAUGUUCGAGUUCGAGAUUUAUUUUUUUUUAUUUAGCAAAAUAAUUUAGUGGGACUGGUAAUGGCAUGAAGUAAACGACACUCAAAAACCAAUUGCUACUCCGUAUUCCACUUUAUAUUGGUUGAACAUGAUUAAUAAUAAUAAAUUUCAAUCGACUCAAGUGAAUCAGAAUAGAAAAAAAACAUCCUAUCGUUUUCCAGCCGAAAAAAUAAGCGCAUAAUCAGUAGCUAAUUCAUAUGUAUUUAAUUUUAUUUGGUUAGUGUUGACAAAAAAGUAUCACGGAGAUACAUUUUUUCUAAUAAAUACUUUAAUUGAACAUAUCUAAGCACAUUGAAUAAUCCUCCGUGAA